UUAUGGACGUUGGCCGCCCGUGCGCAACGUGGUCUUUUCCAUUGUUUUCAUUUCUGGGGGGCACUAGUUUUGUUUAUUUUCGAUUCCGCGCUCGCAUCGUGUGAAAGUGCAGCUUGACUGGCCCUUUUUUAACCGUCUCUAAUAGUCGUAAUUUGCACUAAUUACGGGCGCAAUGAACGAUUUCGGGCAGUUCGCAAAGUCGCAGGGCCCCAAGUUGGUGCCAUUCCUGGUGACCCUCGUCCUGUACUUCUCGCUGGUGCGGAAGGAUCCUCAAGGAGAGCUAUGGACCACCGUGCUCAAGUGCCUGCCCAUUUUCGCCCUGGCAUUCUAUGUGGUGGCCAAGGGCAUCUCGCUCAAGAAGGAAUACCGCCGCUCAGUCUGGAUUCUUCUGGGACUGGUUUUCUCCAGCGGCGGUGAUGCCCUGCUCAACAUAAAUCUCUUUCCCUUCGGAAUGAUCUCCUUUGGAGUGGCGCACGUAUUUUACAUCAGCGCCUUCGGCUGGAAGCCCGUGAAGUGGAUCAUUGGAUUGGUUUUGUACGUGGCCGUAUCGCUUUUUGUUUACUUCGUGCACACGAAACUGGACGAGAUUCUCAUCAUCGGAGUGCCCAUCUACUGUUUCCUGAUCACCACCAUGCUGUGGAGAUCCCUGGCCCGCGCCGUCGAUUCCAGGAACUUCCUCGCCGUAUUCUGUGCCAUCGGAGCCAUACUGUUUGUGAUCUCCGACGCCCUGAUUGCGGUCACCAUGUUCGUGGGCGUGCCCCUGCCCUGCGCCCGCCUCCAGAUCAUGAUCACCUACUACGCCGCCCAGUUCGCCAUUGCGCUGAGCACCGCGGACGACGGUCCUGCCCUCCAGCGCUCCUUUCGCAAGAAAAUUAAGUGAGGCCAGUGCCCAGUGCUCAUCUGUCGGAGACCCAUGGACAACAUGAACGCAACCACCAAACUUAGUACUUCCAAAGCGUCUAGAGUAUUGCCAUUUACGUGUGUUUGUUUCCCCAUCCCAGUAGCUUAGUGCAACCAAAUAUUUGUUCCUUUUCUGGCGGAUGUGGAAACGGAUCUUAGUAGUUUACUAGAUGUUUGUUGACUUCAAGGUAAUAAAUAUAUUCAUAUUAGGUUCAAUACUACUUUAUU